AUGAAGGCUAAAGUACCCAGAAACUUUAAAAGUCCUGAUAUGGAUCGAUACGACGGGACUAUUGACCCUAAGCACCACUUCAGCAAUUUCAAAAGUCGGAGGUAUUUAGCCGACGUCUCUGAUGCCACCCGCUGCAAAGCCUUCCCAAUGACUUUGACAAAAGCGGCGAUGAAGUGGUUCGACAGCCUCCCCCCCAAGUCGGUCACCAGUUUCGAAGACCUCUCGUGUAAGUUCCUUAUGCGAUUUUCAAUCCAGAAGGACAAAAUCAAGCACGUGCCUAGCCUAUUGGGAGUAAAACAAGAGGUCAGGGAACCCCUGAGAGACUACAUGAAAAGGUUUAAUAAGACAUGCCUAGAAAUUCAGGACCUACCUACUGAGGCAGUAAUAAUGGUUCUCGUUAAUGGACUUCGAGAGGGACCUUUCUUUCAGUCCAUCUCUAAGGUUGUGUUUGUUUACAAAGACAGGACACUGAGACAUGGACAUAGAGACACAAAACCAUGUUUGUCAAAGGAGACAUGGACAAAGACAGUGUGUCCAAAGACACUGAAUUAG